UACAGAGGUGGGUGUUUUCUCCGUCUUCAUUGUGAGAGCUCUCGCCCCGCUGUGGACUGUUUAUUUGCUCAGUUUUCAGGUGUUUCUUCGACACGCACCGAGGUGUGUGUGUGUGUGUGCUUUUUUUUUUUUUUUUUUUUUUUGUCUCAUCCCAACUCACUUCUUCUCCGAGACCUUCCUUCCUUCCUUCCUUCCUGCGGGUCGAGCUUUGGAUUGUAUCAGCGCAGCAGCAGCAGCAGGAGCAGCAGCAGGAGCGGCGGCGGCGGCGGUCGGCUAGGCUAGGCCUGAAUCCUCAUCGCAAACACUUAUGGACUUUGAAAAACAAACCUAACAGUCUCCAGAAUCGCGUGUGAAUGGAGCAGUGUGCGAGUACGGCCUCCCUGCUGGCCUCGGUGCGGGAGCAGGAGAGGCAGUUUGAGAUGCUGAGCCGAGCUCUGGAGGAGGAGCGGAGGUCGUGUGCCGGCACCUUGCCCCGCCCCCUCCCCAACAUGCAGAACGGCCGCAUUCCUUGUGAUGCAGACAUAGAAAGGCUGACACUGAACGAGGGUUACAUCAACGGGACACAUCACUUCAGGAUGGAGCCUGGUCAGAUGGUGCAGGAGACGUACACGGUGGAGGAGGACCCCCAGGAGUCACCACCUGUUGUCUCUGUGGAAACCAAUGAAGAUGGGACCACGCGGCGCACAGAAACCACGGUCAAGAAAGUGGUAAAAACCACCACCACCCGCACAGUAAUCCCCUCCGUGUCAGACACACUUUCCAUCGACGGUGGAGGUUCUGUGACAGGUAUGCCGGGCUACACAACACCCAUGGACCGGGGCUACAGGCCGGCCCCUGGCGGCCCUGGUGUGCCCAUGGACUACCCCACUUACACUGUGCCGCGCAACUACCAUUACGGACCUCCAGCUGGCUACGAUGAAUACCGCGCUGGACCUCCAUCUGAGACCUACGCAAGCCUUAACAGGGGAGCUCGUAUGGAUGAUCGCUACAGAGAUGGGUACAGAACCCUGGAUCCAAGCUACAGAGCCCCCAGCAGGAACCAGCUGGACCCCUAUGCUGCUCAGCCACAGGUCGGACGAAUGGGAAGUGCUUUGGAGCUAUCCUCCAUCCCAAGGUUUGUACCAGAGCCGUAUGGUCUGGAGGAUGACCAGCGCAGCAUGGGCUUUGACGAGCCCGACUAUGGCAUGGGACACCCAAUGCACUACAGCACUGUGCCCCGCAACCACCAUGCCUUUCCUCAUGGGCCCCCUCGCAGGACUGGGAGUUAUGAGGGCACCUUGGAUGGCGACAUGAGCGGUCCAGGUGACAUGUACUAUUGGGGUGGAGGAGCUCCGCUGGCCCAGGGUGAAAGGGGGAGCAUGGCUUCAUUGGACAGCACUCUAAGGAAAGGCCCUGGCCCCUCUGGCUGGCGUCAGCCGGAGCUGCCAGAGGUCAUCGCCAUGCUCAACUACAGGCUGGACCCCGUCAAGAGUAACGCAGCCGCAUACCUGCAGCAUCUCACCUAUAAGAAUGAUAAAGUGAAGUCUGAUGUGCGUCGUCUCAAAGGCAUUCCAGCGCUGGUUUCUAUGCUGGACAACCCAAACAGAGAGGUUCACUACGCAGCCUGCGGAGCACUGAAGAACAUCUCAUACGGCAAAGAUCCAGACAAUAAGAUUGCCAUCAAGAACUGUGACGGAGUGCCGGCUCUGAUCCGUCUGCUGAGGAAGAUCCGCGACCAGGAGCUCACCGACAUUAUCACAGGGACGCUGUGGAACCUCUCGUCUCAUGACUCUGUGAAGAUGGAGAUCGUGGACCACGCACUGCACGCCCUCUCUGACGAGGUGAUGGUGCCCCAUUCGGGCUGGGAGCGAGGGAGCAACGGAGCAGGAGGCGGCGAGGAAAACUGCAAACCCAGACAUCUUGAGUGGGAGACAGCCCUCACAAACACAGCAGGCUGCCUGAGAAAUGUGAGUUCUGAGCGAAGCGAGGCGAGGAGGAAGCUGAGGGAGUGCACAGGAUUGGUCGAUUCACUCAUGUACAUUGUCCAGUCCCAGAUCGACUGUAAAGAUGUGGACAACAAGUUGAUAGAGAACAGCGUCUGUCUGCUGAGGAACUUGUCUUAUCAUGUGCACCGCGAGAUCCCCGGCUGUGAGCGCUACCAAGAAGCUGUUCCCAUCAACCAGGGCCCUCCCCCUGCCAGCCAGAAGGGCGGCUGCUUCAGCUCCCGGAAGAGCAAAGGAAGGAAAGACGAGGAUCCAGCUGUAGAUAUGAUAGACAUUCCAAAGAGAACCACACCUGCUAAAGGCUAUGAGUUGUUGUACCAGCCGGAGGUGGUUCGCAUCUACACUUCUCUGCUAAAGGAGUCCAAGAACCCCACUGUGCUGGAAGCCUCAGCUGGAGCAGUUCAGAACCUGUGUGCAGGACGCUGGACUUAUGGGCGAUACGUUCGUGCCUUGCUGCGUCAGGAGAAGGGUCUACCCAUGAUGACUGAGCUGCUGGCACACGGGAACGACCGAGUGGUUCGAGCGAUGUCUGGAGCCCUUCGCAACCUGGCCAUUGAUGCACGCAACAGAGAUCUGCUAGGCAAACACGCGGUGCCUCACCUGGUGGCCAACCUGCCCGGUGGUGGUCAGAGUCAGCCGGUGCGAGCGCUGUCAGAGGAGACUGUGGUGUCUGUAUUGAGCACGCUCCAUGAGGUGCUGGGCUCCAGUCUGGAAGCUGCCAAGACCCUGAGGGCCUCACAAGGAAUCGAGAGACUGGUGCUCAUUAACAAAGACGGUAAUCGUUCUGAGCGGGAGGUGCGUGGAGCCGGCCUGGUGCUGCAGACAGUGUGGGGCUACAAGGAGCUGCGACGCACUUUGGAGAAGGACGGCUGGAAGAAGACGGACUUCAUGGUCAACCUAAACCCUCCAAGUAACAACAACAGAGCCAACGGAGGAUAUGAGGACAGCACUCUGCCACUCAUAGACAAAGGCAGCAAAGGUGACCGGGAGAUGAUUCCAAUGAAUGACUUGGGACCAGAUGCCUACUCCACACUGGACCAGAGGGGGAGGAACACUCUGGAUAACACACUCGAACCUGCUGACAAAGAUGCAGUACAGGGAGGGAUGUAUGGGGAGAGGCAGGCCUCCUUGCCUCUAAUGGAUUCUUACGAUGGUUAGGCUACACCCACUGUGUCACACUGCAUGUCCGCGCAUGAAAAACUGAUUGUGUGCAUCACAAGACGACAGCCUCCUCCCACUUACUGCCCUUGCUGAACUGACAAUGGGGGACCACUACGCUACCGAUGGGACUAGACUCCAUCCUUAACGCUCACCCUUCUGUCCCUCCUCACUCUUUCGCAGCUUUCCUUCUCUCUUUCUCUCCCUCUCUCUCUCUCUCUCUGUUACAUUCCUGCAUUGCAGCUGACAAAGUAAUGAAACCACACAGAAAACUGACGUGGAUCUACGCUCCCUGUGGACAAACCGGACGUGACACUAUGACCACUUAGUGCUCUGUGAGUCUCUGUACUCCACAGAAAAAAAACCCAACCACUCGAUCACAUGACUGUGGCCUCAACACUACAUCUCCAACGCCUACAACUUGCCUGGACGACACUACAAGCGCUCUCUUCGACAGAGACUGUGGCUUCACCUGAGAACUUUUGUAUUUCUUGGAGGUCGGAGGGUAGACUUAGACUAAUUACACUAAUUAAAAGGAACUGUCGGGAUCAGAGCAGGACACUUUCUGCUGAAAUUUUACAUAUGACACUCUGUUUUGAAACGAAAUCGAGGGAAUGUGUCAUUUUUUUUCUCUCUCUCUCUCUCUCUCUGAUGGUUAAACACUACAAAAAAAAAAAAGAUUUCCUACCACUGAGAAUCAAUGUUUAUCAAUCUAAUUAGAUAAUGUGUAAAAGCUUCUGCUUCUGUUUUGGUAGUGGUUGUUCCUCUACUUGCUUUGCCUCUGUACCGUUAGUUAUGUACCUGUGCCGUACCUGUGCCAAAUGACACUGCUAUCGCUGCGACUGCCAAUACUGAAUGCAAGAACAUGGCACACUCACUUCUUAUUUUUCCCCAGCAGCUACACACUGAAAAACGGUCAUCCGCUUUAUUUUAUACGCAAUUUGUGUCGGUGACAGCCCAUUGCCAAGAUGCAUGGAUAUGCUGCAUUUUCUGUAACUGAUUGUGAUCCUCAAAUACACAAGGGUGCAGGUCCUGGUAUGGAUAUUUGUACAGAUAGAAACAAAGCAGACAAAUGAUUCUCCUCCUCGUCCGGAAUAGACGAUUAAGUCUGUUUCUUAAGUGAUCUUUCUGUUAAAUGUAAUUCUUGGGAGAUUUCACAGCAUUCAUUUGCGUGUAUCUGCAGGUCUAUAAUCUUAUGAAUGUGUACAUACAAGUCUGUCUUUAACAGUGGGCUAACUGGAGUGCCUCGCUCUGUCAGGAUAGGUCUGAUGGGUGUGUUCAACGUGACCAGGGUAACCAGUAAAGCUGUCUUUUUUUCACAGCAGCUUACAAAUUGGGAGUACUGUAUAUGGAACUCAGCAGUUUUCUCUUGUGCAAGAGUAUGUGAACUUGUAUGUAGGAGCUGAUUCUUGUUGGAAUUGUUUUUUUUUUUUUUUUUUUUUGUUUUUUUUAAUAAGGUAUAAAACUCUUGAGUUCUGUAUAGUUUACUGCUUCACAAACCCACAGCCUUCCUGGCUUUAAGACUACAGAACAGUACUUGGGAGAUGACGCAGUAUUGUCUGUUUUUUUUUUUUUCUGGCCCACGAUUCUUUAGUACAGUGCUUGUUCUGUAGAAGAAUGCAUAUUCUUAGUGCCGAGUGAGAUGUAGAUACUUACUGAGUGGAUUAUUAAAAGAAGCACUAUGGGGGUAUGAUGUGUGUUUUUCUUUUUUUUUUUCUAUUUCUUUUUUUUUUUUAAACUUUCAUUUGUUUGUUUUCCAUGCCAAUUAAAAAAAAAAAAAAGAAAACGACAGAGGAAGCCUCAUUUUCUCAAAUUAACAAGUUGCCUUCAAGAGUGGACUGACUUAAAGAGGAGAACACAAGGAGAGCAAGGGUUAGCGGAAAUCUGUGUAAGGAGGCCAGAAUUUGCUAUUUAGAUAAAAGUGGAGAUUGAAAAAGCACAUUUAAACUAUAUAUACAAGAGAAUAUUUGUUAAUUUUAAUGGUUUUAUGUAUUUUUUUUUUUUUUUUUUUAUUAUAUUGAUUUGGGUUUAAUUGUUUUGGGUGCUCUGGGUGAACGCAUAUGCAAUCAGUUUAUGUUUUGAUUGAAAACAUUCAGUUUAUGUCUUAAUUAUAAAAGCGAACCAAGUUAGCUGAACAAAAAAAUCCUCCGACACACUCAUCAGAUACUGGAACACUAAUGGAAAGAAGCAUAUUGUGGAAUACACCUUAAUCUCUUUGCCUUGGCUCUUAAAGUUGCACAUUCUCAUUUAUGAAUGAAUUAUGUAACUAGCAAUAAUGUUUUUAAUAAAAAAGAAAAUGAUUUCUCAGCG